CUUCGCAUUCACACAAUAAUGGGAGGGACGUUCUCCUCUUUAACCUUAUAUUAACCCUAUGAACUUUCGCGGUUUGGCUUUACACCAUGAACCAUUGUCACCUUUAACUCUUCCAUUAUUCUCUCCAAAACUCUUUCAUGGCAACACCACCAACAUCCAUUGAAUCCAACCUAUUCCCCACCCAUUGAUGGCCAAUUUACGUCCCUUUUUCACAAACUUCAUCUCCCUUUUCUUCUUCAUCCUCCUCCACCUCGGUUGCUUCAUCAUCUUCCCCUCCUCCCACCACCACCGACACCGCCCAAAACCCCCCUCAUGCGCCCCUUUCCUCCGCGUCUCCCCGACCAAACUCAAACGCCAUAAAACCAUCUCCUCCUCUUGGUCAUUCAUCAAACGAAUCUUCUCAUCAAACCCCACAUCUCAAAUUAUUGAUAACAACUCAAAGUUUGUCCAUAUACCCACACCCGACAAUAUAAACCGGUCUAUAUCCACCACCCGACCCAGAUCACUCACAGAAUCUGAUUACAUCCCUAUACGUCAUGAAAUCCACCCAUGUUUGAACUGUGGUGAGAUUUUCCAGUCAUCCGGUUUGCUUGAACAACAUCAAUCGAUCAAACACGUGGUUUGUGAGCUGUUUGAUGAUGACCCGGGUAAGAACGUAGUUCGGAUGAUAUUCGAGUCAGGUUGGGUCGGGUUGAAAACGCCCACGAUCCAUCGGGUCUUGAAGAUCCAUAGCUCCCCCAAGAUUCUCACCCGGUUUGAAGAAUAUAGGGAGAGCGUGAAGUUGAAGGCGGCACGACAGGGUGGACAACGGAGGCGGGACGAACGGUGCAUCGCUGACGGCAACGAGCUGCUACGGUUCCACUGCACCACUUUCCUGUGUGAGUUAGGGAAUAACGGUAGCUCAAGCAUAUGCACCCACCAAUAUUGUAACGCAUGUGGAAUAAUCGGAUCUGGGUUUUCACCCAAAUUGGAUGGGAUAUCCACAUUACCAAAUAGCCGAAGGGCACACGUGGCAAUCCCUGAGGACAUGGAGGAUGAGUUCCGGUUCAUGAACGUGAAACGGGCAAUGCUUGUUUGUCGGGUCAUUGCUGGUCGGGUCGGGUGUCACCCGAUGAUAAGUGAUAAAGAUGACCCGGGUUAUGAUUCGUUGGUUGGGAAGGAACCGGGUGCGGUUGAGACCAAGUUGGACGAUGAAGACGAGUUGAUCGUUUUUAAUCCGAGGGCUGUGCUUCCUUGUUUUGUGAUUGUGUAUACCGUAUGAUUGUAGUUUGUGGACGAGAUGUUUUGGUAGUAGAGAUGUAGAGUGGGGUGCGAUGCAGAGUAUAGAAGCUCGGAGACAGGCUUUGGGGCCCUCACUCUACAGGCCGUCGGCCCACAAUGUUGUGUGUUAGGUAACUUGUGGUAUGCUAUCAGAGAUGAAGUGAUGAGUUGUACUUUGAGCUUUA